AUUGGCAGGAGCUGCAGCAAGCUUGUCCGCACUCGAACAGCACACCUGGAAGUCCGUCUUCGCGCACCGGACACCGUGACGAGAGGAGAGAGGUGGCAGCAGGACGAGGGUGAGUGAGUCAGUGGCAAUCAACGACAGGCAACAAGCGAGAGGCUGGUCGGCCAGACUCGCCUACUGUGCGCCAGUCGGCUUGACUCGCUAAUAAGUUGACAGGCUCAGCAGUGGCAGGCUAGGCACUCACCAAGACGCCCGGAAUUCUGUCAAUGCAAGGCUCCUUCGCUUUCGGUCUCGCCAAAAGUGGGGUCAACGGGCUGCCCGGCGUGCGGCGGGCUGCCACGGCCUCCCAGAUCGGCGGUCGCCUUUCGUCUCCCAGCUCCCCAGUGAGCAACGAGAACGGCGCCGCUGGCGGCUGGAAUAGCGAUGACGAAGCCGUGAACGGAUCUGCGGCGUCCUUGGUCACCACCAUGUCUGCCAUUCCGCGUGUAGCUUCAUCGCCCAUCGCGUUCGCAGACUUGGGCAGUGACCAGGCGGCGCUAGCGGCCAAAACCGCAGCACGCACGGGUAGCGUGAUUAGGACGAUGACGCCACCGUCGGAGGCGGCAGAAGGAGAUGAAUUGCACUUAAGCAAGCGAGGCACCUCAGUGGACAAGACGAACCCGUUCAUUGGGUACUUCCAAACGGGCACAGAAGAGAAUGAUGUGUUGGAGACGGUUUCGGGAGCAGCUAGGGCCAAGAUGAAGGCUCCAAUGCCGCCGUCCCCAGCACCAGUGCGCCGUGUGCCUAUUCGAACGCAGAGCAGCGCGGCGCUUUCGUCCAUGUCGUCGUUCUACCCGUCAGCAUUCUUCACGCCGCAUAAGACAACGGAGUGGCUUGGCUCGCAGACUAGCCGCCUCCCGUUCUUUAAGCAGAGAGAUGCGAAGCAAUCCACGCAGCAAAGACAGCAGGACGAGCAAAAGAGACGUACAGCGUUCCUGGAUUCGUUGAAACUGGAACCAUCAGCGCUGGCUGUGCAGGCCGCAAAGGAUGAAAACCAGGAGGAACCGGUGCAAAAGCAGAAGCAGAGAGCUUCGUUCAAGCGCACUGUUUCGAUGCCGGCUGCUAUGUCUACGAAGGCAGCGGUAGCAGCACUGUCGCCUAUCGUAACUUCAUCAGAGGUGAAGGACGUUACUACAUCGAGCUUAACUCCUGAUGGUACUUGCACGUCGAAAUCGCGCUUUGAACAGGAUUUUGAGGUCGUGGGCUCUCUAGGUGAAGGUGGUCAAGGCGCUGUGUUCAAAGUACGAAGCAAGGUGGACGGGUGCUAUUAUGCUAUCAAGAAGGUGGUGCUGCCUCGCGCUACGGAGCUUGAUGCUAACCGCGCGGAGAGCCAAGCACUGCGUGAAGUUCGUUUGAUGGCAUCCAUGGCCCCGCAUCCCAACGUGGUGCGCUACCAUACAGCGUGGACUGAGGUGGAUGCGUGCGUUUCUCACAAGAGCUCGUCGAUGGAGAGCGUUCGUGGCUCAGACGUGCCGUCGCUCGAAAGUGACUGUAGUCCUGAAAGCCUUCAGCGACAGCAACUGGAACUGCUGGACGAGGAGGCCGAGCUGCGAAGCAUGGAGACUGAAGACCAGUCGUUUUCGCUUGAGUUUUCGUCAAAUUCACUUAGUUUCGACGAGUAUUCCACUCCUGGAUUCACGUUUGAGGACGAAGGCGAAGAGGAGGACUCGGUGGGUUUGUGUGUGGAUGAUAAGGCUGCGUUCGGACAACCUGGUGACCUGAAGAACGAGGUUCGCGUAGCUCCUCCUGCUUCUCGCGCUGAACCGGUGGUCAUGAAGUCUCAGGUUAUUCUGUACAUUCAAAUGGAACUGUGCGGGACGGCAGUAAACUCUGUGCCUUCGACUCCCACUGCAGGUGGCCACCAGCCAAUUCAUCAUAUUCUGGACCAGCUGAAGUCGCCUCAACAAGAUAUUCAGCAUUAUAGCGAAGAAACUCACUCGAACCUGGGAGCAUGGCUCCGAUCUUCGUUGGAGGAGCGAUCAGCGUGGUCUAACACCUCCGAUAUCCACCAAGAAGGGUUGAAGCUGUUUCUCAGUGCAGUUCAGGGUGUGGCUCACAUGCAUUCCUACGGCGUGAUCCACCGCGACUUGAAGCCGGACAACAUAUUCAUCCAUGGCGAUCAAGCGAAGAUUGGCGACUUCGGUCUAUCCAAGUCUGUUUUUACGGACAGCUCGUCCUAUGGGGCUGUGUCACCUCGUGAGCGGCUGCUGGAGUUGGGACUAAGCGAUGGAGAUCACACGACGGCACUCGGUACGUUCACAUACGCGUCUCCUGAACAGCUAGGGUACCGCUUUAGCAGCAGCAAUGUGCUGAAGAACGCGGCGACUCGUCUGAAAAGCGCCAAGUACUCGAUCAAGUCGGAUAUCUUUGCUCUGGGGGUGAUUUUACUGGAGCUAUGCUGCCCGUUUAGCACGAUGAUGGAGCGUUCGCAAGUGUUGACAGGCGUGCGCCACGGUGUUGUGCCCCAUAAGGCGCGACAACACUUUCCAAUGGAGAUGGAUCUGGUGUUGCGUAUGACUUCAAUUGACCCUGGUGAGAGACCCACGAGUGAAGAAGUUUGCGAGCAGCUACGCAAGAUAAUGGCAACGUCAGGCACUGCAGUCACGCCAGCAUCAGCUCUGGAGGAGUUGCGAGAGCUGCAGGCGAAACUCGCAGCCGCUGUCCGCAAGGUACGUGAUCGUUCUCAAGCUACUCUUCAGCUCGAGGCUCUUGUCUCCGAGUUGAACGACAAGGUCCAGAACGUGGCCAUUGCUCUUGCCUAAGAAAAUCGAGCAUGAAGUCCACGAAGGACAUCGCAGCGUGGAAAAAAAUCUGGAAACCCAACGAAAAAGCAAAUAACGACGACAAAGCAGCGCGAGACAAGCAGCUUCCUCGAUGAAGACAAGCGACCUCGCUAAUUAGUGGCUUUUGUGUGUGCGAAGUAAACCAAUCUGCACCCACGAAAUUGUGCGUGCACGAAAUGUACGAUGAUCCUCGCAAAAGUCGAAAGCGUAAGAAUGGCGCUCGAUGCGCGUAAGCCAGCGCAUUGAUCUAUGAGUAUCGAACGCCAUUCAACAUGGUGAUGGAAUAGGCCAAACGCAAAUUCCUCCUGUAAUUAUAAGGAUGUGCUCGAAUCGUGUUUCUUUGCCUUAAGGAAAGAGCUAGCAAUUGCUGGGCAAGGCGUUGAAGAAGUGGUAUUGCUGGUCUCUGUCGAACACGCCGACCAUUGUGCCACAGUCCGAGCAUGCCACCGGGUAAAACUCGUCUUCUUGCAGCAACCGAGCAAUCUGCUGUCCCCUCGUAGUCGUCUUGUUACUUGUAGCCAAGCUCUGUCGUUUGUGGAACGGCAGUGAAGCUGGCACUUGACUGCCUUCACCUGCCGUGUAAGUGAGGAUUUCAUCACGCUUGACACGACAAUUGAUCGCUGCAGUCGCUCGAUACUGGUUCGUGUAGGUUGCAUGUCUGCAAGGAAUUACCCGGUAUUUCUGUUAGUAUACUCAUGAUAGCAACACUAACGCAGCAACGCCUACCUCUCACAAACCAUGCACACCGUUACGAAGCAGCAUGGACAACACAGCGUAGCGUCCGUCUCAUCUUUUGUAGCACGAGCCCCACCUGUACAGGCAACCUGUAAGUACGUUCACCUGUCACUAUAUGCUGCCAAAACUUACGCAAGUUCGUCUGCACCCACUGCUCGUCUGCGUCGUCUAACUGCUCGUCGUACAGCGGAU